GGGAAAACCUACAAAUAAGCCUACAAACCUAGUCCUAUGAACGCUGACAAAUGGCCUGGAAAGAGCAACUGCCCGCACGUUUGAGGAGACCACGUGGUUACAGGCAGUUCUUGCCGGCUCAGGUCUCAGCUCGAGGAAAGUGGGUAAUAACCGAGGGAACUGUGACUGUAACGUAUGUCAGCUCUGGCAGAUGGGGCGGGCUUAGCAAGCAGGGUUCCCUGGGUACCACAAGGGACGCAGUUGGGAAGGCUUGAGCCGAGGCCCCGAGCCCGCGUUCCUGGUGGGGGCGCCCGAGCGCCAGCGCAUUGAACACAAGCGUUAAGGAACAACCGCCGCCGCCGCCGUCGCCGCAGGAUGGCUUCCGGCUUCAAGAAGCCCACCGUGGCCUCCACCAGCCAGAAAAGAAAGGUGGGGCCUAAGCCCGAACUCACUGAAGAGCAAAAGCAAGAAGUUCGCGAAGCGUUCGACCUCUUCGAUGCCGACGGCAGCGGCACCAUCGACGUGAAGGAGCUCAAAGUGGCCAUGAGGGCGCUGGGCUUUGAACCCAGGAAGGAGGAGAUGAAGAGGAUGAUCGCCGACGUGGACAAAGAAGGCACGGGGAAGAUCAGCUUUAACGACUUCUUGGCCGUGAUGACUCAGAAGAUGGCUGAGAAAGACACCAAGGAAGAAAUCCUGAAGGCGUUCAGGCUCUUUGAUGAUGACGAGACCGGGAAGAUCUCUUUCAAAAACCUAAAGCGUGUGGCCAAAGAGUUGGGAGAAAACCUCACGGAUGAAGAGCUCCAGGAAAUGAUUGACGAAGCUGACCGAGAUGGAGACGGCGAAGUGAACGAGGAUGAGUUUCUUCGCAUCAUGAAAAAGACCAACCUCUAUUGAGUUCCCUCCCGCAAGCAUGUGUAGGGAAAUUGAGUAAUUGGCUGGCUUCCCUGCUUCUCGAUUUGUGAAACCUCCAGCCAUCUCUCCUCUUAACCCCAGUUUGUCUAGAUAGUUCUAUUUCCAAAUCUCUAGAUCAAUUAUAGAAUUUUCAAAUGCUUUUAACGUUGAGUUUUGGUUUUCAUUCCCAAGAGCGGACCUGGGUUGAAUCAAGGGUCCUGAAACUUCUCUUCAGGCACCAUUUGCCUUGCAUUGGUGGACACCCUUGAAACUGAAGGCGAGGUGGCUUCUUGAGACAAUUAGCAUUGUGGUUCCCUUGUUGUUUCUUUGGUAUUCUUAAAUUAUCUUGCUUCCUGUAUUAUUGUUUACAUUCAAGUCGUUCUCACAAGAUGAGGUGAAGUCACCAACAGGCCAUCCAGCCAUUGAUUCUCACUUAACUGAAUUAUUGGUUUGAAGGAAAACAGUGCAGCGACUUAUGGGCUCAGAAAAGGUAUUGCUCCAAAAGAUACACUUGUCUUUGGCUGGUGGUAAAUGGUGCAACUUAAAUUAUCCUCUGGCUUCAUCACAGGCAUAGACUCUUGAUUUGCGUGUACCUUACCUACUGUGGAUUAUCUGGGGCCACAACGUAUUCUUGGGCUACAGAAUAAAAAGAAAAUUUACUAUUGGCCCAAGCAAAGUAUGAUUGCUUAAGAGAUUAAGCUAACUAAUGACUUUGUGUAAAUAUUUGCAAAUGUAAGAUCUGAGCUUAGGAAGUAGUUAAAAAACUAUAAUACACGUUGAACUAAUCUGUCUUUGAAAAGAUGUGUUUCAGUUAUUAGACCAACUGUACUAUAACCUUAGUCAUUUCAUUACCGCUUUAUUAGAAGCCACUGCCUACCUUCUAAUUCUUAGAACAUCUUGUUUCCUGAUACUUAAUCUCCUCUCUUGUGGUAUAUAGUUGAUUCCCUAAAGUCUGGCAUAUAAGUAUUUAUGUUAUGAUCACAAGAAACUAUUCAUUGUGACUUGUGUUUGCGUUAAUACUACUUGUCCUCUGUUAUAAAUUAAACCUUUCUUGUUUUGAAAUAAGAUACCUACCCUUUUGAACAUCUGCAAAUAUGAAGUUAGAGAGAAGUUAAAUAAUAUAACCAUGGGAAAAUACUAUAAUCUGCUGAGAUGGAGGACAAAUGUUUUGAUAAUAGGCAAUGAAACUACCAAAACAAGCAGGAUAUUUUGGUGACAACCUAAAUUAAACCUUCAUACAAAGUCCCAUUAAAAUAAAUGCUGAAAUUCUGGAAAAAUUUUCACAUGCUUUGCCAGCAAUUUUACCCUUCAGAGGGCUAUUAAUGUAAUCAGGAAAACUACUACUUUGGGUUUAAUUCUCAUUAACAGGGACUAAUUUGUCAGAGCAGCAGGACUGGCUGAAGUGAUGGGUAUGUGGGCAUUUACUGUGAGAAAGGAUUUUGCUGAGGUAGCUGGCACAGGGCAGGGAAACUCACCCAGACUGCAGAUGC